CAAGUGGCUGUGCAGUGUGAAACUGUGAAGCUUAUCCUCACCGCGAGUGAACAGAGAAUCUCCAAGGACAGACCGAAGGAAGACUCGGAACGAGUACACCGAGCUUUCCUUCUCUCCCACUCUCGCUUCUGCGGCAGCUUCUCUUACCCUGCGCGACCACCGCCUUCCCCCGCCGCCGGGAAGACAAAAGGUCUUGGCUAAGUUUGACCAUGUCAUGUUUGGCUUGCUGUGGCGGCGAAGACACUCAAGGAGCACCUGAUAAUGGAGGUCCAUACCCUGGUGGCUACCCAGCAAGGAGUGAUGCUUAUCGCACUGCUGAUCCAACUCCCAGGGGUCCUCAACCUGUGAAAGUGCAGCCAAUUGAAGUCCCCACUAUUCCUGUUGAAGAAAUUAGGGAUGUGACAAAGGGUUUUGGUGAUGAAGCUUUGAUUGGUGAGGGAUCUUUUGGCAGAGUGUAUUUUGGUGUCCUAAAAAAUGGUAGAAGUGCGGCGAUAAAAAAGUUAGAUUCAAGUAAGCAGCCAGAACAAGAAUUUUUGGCGCAGGUCUCCAUGGUAUCAAGACUUAAGCACGACAAUGUUGUGGAGUUGCUUGGCUACUGUGUUGAUGGAAACACCCGUAUCCUUGCUUAUGAAUUUGCAACUAUGGGUUCUCUCCACGAUAUGCUUCACGGACGGAAAGGUGUGAAAGGAGCUCAGCCUGGUCCAGUCUUAUCUUGGACACAACGAGUGAAGAUUGCUGUUGGAGCAGCAAAAGGCCUUGAGUAUCUUCAUGAGAAAGCGCAGCCUCAUAUCAUACACCGGGACAUCAAAUCCAGCAACGUUCUUCUGUUUGAUGACGAUGUAGCUAAAAUAGCUGAUUUUGAUUUGUCAAACCAAGCUCCUGAUAUGGCAGCUCGACUUCACUCAACCAGGGUUCUUGGAACAUUUGGAUAUCAUGCGCCUGAGUAUGCGAUGACUGGACAACUUAGCUCUAAGAGUGAUGUCUACAGUUUUGGAGUUGUUCUUCUGGAGCUCCUGACUGGAAGAAAACCUGUGGAUCAUACAUUACCAAGAGGACAACAAAGUCUUGUGACAUGGGCAACACCGCGGCUUAGUGAAGACAAAGUCAGGCAAUGUGUUGAUUCAAGACUUGGAGGGGAAUAUCCUCCUAAAUCUGUUGCAAAGUUUGCAGCUGUUGCCGCACUGUGUGUGCAAUAUGAAGCGGAUUUUCGACCGAACAUGAGCAUUGUCGUGAAGGCACUCCAGCCCCUGCUGAAUGCACGUGCAUCCAACCCUGGAUGAGCGAGUGACUGCCCUUGCUUUGUACCUGGCGCGAGUGUCUAAUUCAAACAUUGAAAAAAUAUAUAAGUAUGGUCUUUGGCUUCAUGCAGUUCACAUUGAAUGUUCGUAAGGAGAUAUUUCUUUCUCCUUUGCGCAUUGCUGAACACAGUAAUACAGUUUCUCAAUGCUACAAUGCACCCAACGGGCCAUAACUUGAUUAACUGUUUGCUUAUGUGCAGUUACAUUUCAUCUCAUGGACGUUUGAUGAUUUUAAUGGUAUUUUGAUCCUUGAGCUA